AUGCCUUCCUAUAAAUUACGAAUCUAUGCGUGCAUCACAUCUCUUUUUAUUAUAUGCAUAACGCCAUUUGACCUUUGGGAAUCAAUUUUUGAAUUUGUUGAUCACAAAGCCGCGAGUUUUAAUCUUGCCAAUGCUGUAAGAUCAACAACUGCUUUUCAUCUGGCGAAUAUUUUCUUCUAUUCAGACAAAAAAAGCAAAGGAAUAUUACUUCCGACCAUCCAGAUUCUUGAUGAUGAUAGGGAGGCUGGGCUUUCAGAUCUUAGAAGAGAGGCAGAGAAUUCUCUCAAGAGUGCUAUUGGACAUCGUGCUUCAGGGCAUAUUUCCAAGGCCUUAAAACUUCUUGAGCAUGCAGUCCGCCUUGAUCCAAAUAAUGCAGAUAUUUAUGUCGAAUUGGGUCAGGUCCUUGAGGAAAAGUGGCGUUAUCAUAUAAAAUUAGACGAUUCUUCAAGUACUACUGAAUUAAAUAGUAGGAAUUUCGCGACUCAUCCUGUUUCGGCUGUCCGAACAUAUUCUGACUUCAAUCCUAUGCUAAAUAAGCUCAUUUCUUCUGCCGACCACAUGUAUGGAAUGGCGCUAACACUUGAUCCUGUAAAUACGAGAGCUCUCAUUAACCGUCGCCGUACACUGCCUUUAAUUGAAAAAAUUGAUCAACACAGGUUUAAUCUAAUUGACAUGAAAAUGGCUCAGUUCUACAAAAUUCCAGAAACAAAUCCCGGUUUGCGUCAAGCCAAGCUCGAUCACUAUUUUCGUCAUAUCUAUCAUUCUAGUGCAAUUGAAGGGAACACAUUGAGCCUUGCUCAAACUCGAUCUUUGCUCGAAACACGAUUGGCUGUUGGUGGUAAAAGCAUUAUAGAGCAGAAUGAGAUCCUUGGCCUCGAUCUUGCUCUUCGAUUUCUUAAUACGACUCUCUUGCGCGGUCCUUCACGCCCUCUCGGAAUUGGCGAUAUCCUCGAACUUCAUAGACGUGUCUUAGCCUAUGUGGAUAUUAGCGAGGCUGGUAGAUUUCGUCAUACUCAAGUAUGUUUCGCCUAUUAUUUUAAAUAUCUUGUCGCAACU